AUGCAUAUCAAAGACAAGCUGGCCCAUUCGGAGGCCGCCGGGCGGCCAAGCAUCUCGUUUGAAUUCUUUCCACCCAAGACCGCGCAAGGUGUGCAGAACCUUUACGAUCGUAUGGACCGCAUGCAUGGACUUGGCCCUUCUUUCGUUGACAUAACUUGGGGAGCUGGAGGCCGAUUAUCAGACCUAACAGCCGAAAUGGUCAAUGUCUCCCAAUCCGUUUAUGGCCUCGAGACAUGUAUGCAUCUUACAUGCACUGAUAUGCCACGUGAAAAGGUCGAUUGGGCUUUGCAGUCUGCCUACAAGGCUGGUUGUACCAACAUUCUUGCACUUCGAGGCGAUCCUCCCCGAGAAAAAGAAGCAUGGGCUCCCACAGAAGGCGGGUUUCAGUAUGCAAAAGACCUUGUGAAAUAUAUUCGAGAAAAAUAUGGCAACCACUUUGAUAUUGGAGUCGCGGGCUACCCCGAAGGAUGCGAAGACCAAGAAGAUCCAGAACUUCUAAUGACGCACUUGAAGGAGAAGGUUGAUGCCGGUGGCACCUUCAUUAUAACUCAAAUGUUCUACGACGUUGACAUCUUUCUUGAUUGGGUGAAGAGAUGCCGUGAACAAGGUAUCAAGGUGCCAAUCCUCCCCGGAAUCAUGCCGAUAUCUACCUACGCUGCGUUCUUGAGAAGGUCGAACUGGGUGAAAUGUCGAGUUCCACCCUCGUGGAUGGAGGCCUUGGAACCUUGUAAGAAUGACGAUGCUGCCGUCAAACAAAUUGGUAAAAAACUUGUCUCUGAAAUGUGUCGAAAGAUCCUAGACUCGGGGAUCCGUCAUUUGCACUUUUACACGAUGAAUUUAGCCCAAUCUACUAAAAUGGUCCUGGAAGAGCUUGAUCUGAUUCCGUCGUCGGAAACUCCACUACAGAAGCCUUUGCCAUGGCGGCAGUCACUUGGUCUCGGCCGAAGAGAGGAGGAUGUCCGCCCUAUAUUUUGGAGACACCGUCACCAGUCAUAUGUUGCUCGCACGCAGACGUGGGACGAAUUUCCCAAUGGUCGUUGGACUGAUUCGCGCUCCCCCGCGUUCGGUGAGCUCGAUGUUUAUGGCAUCGGCUUGAAAGGCACUAACGAGCAAAACAUAAAACUCUGGGGUGAGCCAAAGUCCAUCAAAGAUCUGUCAAGCAUUUUCGUUCGAUUCCUGGAGGCCAAGCUUGAUAGGCUCCCUUGGAGCGAGAGUUCCAUAACGGAGGAAACAGACAUCAUCAAACAAGACCUGAUCGACUUGAAUAACCGGGGUUUCUUAACCAUCAACUCCCAACCAGCCAUCAAUGGUGCGUCCUCCUCGCACCCAGUGUACGGAUGGGGACCGAAAAAUGGCUACGUUUAUCAAAAGGCAUACUUGGAACUCCUCAUUCCGCCAGAAAUAAUUGAUGAAGUGAUCACUCGUAUUCAGAAAAACGCCGAUCUUACAUAUUACGCUACAAAUAAGAACGGAGAGUUGAAAACAAACACGAGCGACAGCCCGAAUGCCGUCACUUGGGGUAUUUUUGCUUCCAAAGAAGUUAUCCAACCUACUAUUGUUGAGACUGUCAGCUUUUUGGCCUGGAAAGACGAGGCGUACCGACUGGGAGACGACUGGGCAAAAUGCCACGAUGCUCGUAGUCCAAGUAGGCAAUUGAUUCAACGCGUGAUGGACGAAUGGUACCUUGUUAAUAUCGUCAACAAUGAUUUCCAUAAAACUCACGACAUCUUCGAUCUUUUCAAGGACCUCACUGUGAAGGGCCUCGACGUCGAACUGACCGAAAUCGUCGAUCCCGCUUCUCAACCAGCAGAUGCCAUUUUGGGACAACUGAAUGGUGACACUACUCAGGACAUCAAGGGCAACGGGCAGUCUAAUUAG